AAAGAGAAACUCCAGCCGUUCUCCUUCUGUUUCUUAUACUGAAUACAGUAUACUCAAUACUGAAAAUAAUAUAUAUUCCAUUGUUAUACAGUCAAGUGAAGCAAGAUACACAACAGUAUAUACAACUUUAACAAUAAAAACAUACAUUACCAACAUAUAACGGUCACGAAAUGCGUUUCACUUACAAUCAGUAUAAAUAUUACGAGUCUGGAUAUCGUAUUCCAUCCAAAAUGCACAAUCUGAACCAUCAUCAUGGCGGGAAUGGCAAUGGCAGUGCCGGCAAGAUCAACAAUAACAACGGCGGUCACAACAACAACAGCAACAACAACAGCCAUCAUCACUAUGCUCAUCACCACAACAACAAUAAUAGCAACAACAACUUAAACACAAAUGCAUACCAACAUCAUUACAAAAGCAAUUUUGGCAUGCGCAUGACUAUGUCCACAAAUUCAACGAUGAGCCCUCGGAUACAUCGCAAAGGCUUUCGCAUACCGUCAAAAAGACAGCCAGGCAAGGGAUUACCCGGAAAACUACACACAAUUGCUAGGACGGGGACGGGCAAGUUAGUGACUGGAAAGCGAAUACCGCAACGACCGCAUCCUCCGCCCUGUGACAAUUCUAAUGACAGUGGUUUGGGCUUCGAUCAGCACACGGAGCUGCGAAGAGUUGUUGCAGGCGAUGCCAGGAGCAGCAGUGCCAUCAGCAGCAGCAGUAGCGCAACAGACAGCGGACAUCGAUCAAAUCUGGUGGUGAACAGCGCGUUGACCAACACUGUGGCUGCAGCUGCGGCGGCAGCUGCGGCUGCUGCUGCAAGCAACACGUUACAGCAACAUCAGCAACAGCACCAACAACAUCAACAACAACAGCAGCAACAUCAGCAACAGCAACAUUCACCGCAGCAGCAUUUAAUACGAGCAAUACCCGUUUCAAGAUCUCGUCAUGCAAAGAAAAUGCUCAACUAUCUGGAUGACAUUGAAUCGGACGCACCAGCAUCAUCAGCAUACGUAAAGGAGAUGGCAACAGCAACUGGUAGUGACGAAGAUACGGGCUUUGGAACAGACAGUGCGACAACUACAACAAUUGGUUCCGAGCUCUUUGGCGGCAUUUUUAGUGUAGCAAUGAGCCACAAGGGUGCAGAGGUGGCUACCCCGAAUGCCUUUGCCUUACAACAGCAAAAGCAACAGCAUCUUUUCCAACAGCAGCAGCAUCAGCACCAGCCGCAGCAAUUUCAUUAUCCUGGAUUACUAUUGCAGUUGCAGCAGGAGAGCGGUGCAGAACCGGCGGGUGGUAGUCGUGGUGGAAAGCAUCUGAAGCGAAAGAAACUGGAAUGCAACCAAGUGGAGCUCAGCAAUGAUGAUGCCUGCAGCGAGGACGAGUUUAUUAGAAAGAUUGCCACUGUUACAGCUGACCGACAAGAAGCCAGCAGCCAAGACACUAACAACGGCAGUACAACACGCAUUAUCUCAGUUGAAACACUUUCCAUUAACAACAACAAAAGCAUUAGCGCUAACGGCAACGGCAGCAACAACAACAGCGUACCAAAAUUUAUUGGGACGCGCACUGUGGCACGUGUGGCAAAUAAGAGGCAACCAACAACGCCAUUGAACAGCAUUGCCAGAUCUAAUGAUGGUCAAAUACAACUGGAGAUUGUUUCACAACCAGAGCAACAGCAUCGAGCUCGAUACCAGACCGAGGGCAGCCGUGGUGCCGUUAAAGAUCGCAGUGGCAACGGGUUUCCCAUUGUCCGGAUAACUGGCUACGAUAAAUCGGCAGUGCUACAGGUGUUCAUUGGAACAGACAUUGGACGCGUAGCGCCGCACAUGUUCUAUCAGGCCUGCAAGGUUGCUGGCAAGAACUCGACGCAGUGCAAUGAGAAGAAGGUCGAUGGUACCAUGGUCAUUGAGAUCGACUUUAAGCCAGAGACAGACAUGACCAUUACUUGCGAUUGCGUUGGUAUACUGAAGGAACGCAAUGUCGAUGUGGAACAUCGUUUUCCGGAGCACUUGGCGCAAAAGAACAAGAAAAAGUCGACUCGUUGUCGCAUGGUAUUUCGCACUCAGAUUACACGCGAUGAUGGUACCACUGAGUCGUUGCAGGUCUGCUCUAACCCCAUAAUUUGCACUCAGCCACCUGGCGUUCCAGAGAUAUGCAAAAAGUCACUUAAUUCCUGUCCCGUGGAUGGUGGCUUGGAGUUGUUCAUUAUUGGUAAAAAUUUCUUAAAGGACACGCAUGUUGUGUUCCAGGAGACCUACGACUGUGUAAAUGCCGAUGAUCCCACAAUGGAAAUAGCCGUUCGGCAGCAGCUAAUCGGUGGAACAUCUGCGCUUUGGGAACAAAGCGUUCUGCCUGAUAAGGAGUAUUUGCACCAGACGCAUUUGAUCUGCACAGUGCCUCCGUAUCUGCAUCAGAAUCUGUUGAAGCCAGUCUCCGUUCAGGUGUCAAUCAUCUCGAGCGGCAAGAAAAGCGAGCCACACACCUUCACCUACACACCCAAGGGCAGCUAUACGACGCUAGCGGCGGCUAGCACGUUAAGUAGCACAAUGCACAGCCAAGAUGCUGGCAGUUUCAUGGACACAAGCACUGCUGCCACUAGCAAUUCUGCCUGGACCAACAGUGUCACCAAUGGCGCCGCAGCCGCUGGAGCAACCGUUGUGGAGACAAAGCAUGAGAUUGAUUCAGGUAUGAUGCCGCCACCGAUUACGACGCAAAUACCGAUGGGACUCCGACGUUCAUCGUUGUCAGGGGGUACGCCAAUGAUUACGGACCAGCAGAUGGUGCAUCUAAAUGCCGAGGCGGCGUUAAAGAGUGAACUUCUCGACGAGAACAGCUCGCACAGUCCGUUGACCGCUGAUGCGCUCCACUCGCCGGAAGCACUUAAUCCGUGCAGUCCCAAUACGCUGCAAUAUCAUGCCCACUAUGCGAGAAAAACCAGUCUGCAUCCAGACACCAUCAUGUUUGAUCAGUCCAACAGUCUGCCUGGCUUUCCAGUUCCCGCAACGGCAGCUGCAGUUGAUCUGGAUCCCGCUGCGGUGGCCGUUGCCGUUGAGCUGGCCGUAACGAACGAGAUUGUAAAGCAUGUGGUGCAGCAGCAUCAGCAACAGCAGCAUCAGGCACCGCAGCAGCAGCAGCAGCAGCAACAACAACAGCAACAGUCGGCCGCCAAUGUUCACAAGUUCAUUGAUGACUUGACCAAAUCAACGUCUGUGGUCAAUAGCAACGGUACCAGUGAGCCGGCACUUUUUACUACCUCUGCUGCCAUUGAUCAUGCUCUCACGGAUAUUCUGCAACAAAAGGUGGGCGUGCUCACGCAUGCACAUCAACAUCAGCACCAACACCAGCACCAACACCAGCACCAGCACCAGCACCAACACCAACACCAGCACACGUCUGGAGCCACGGCCACGACGAAUGUCCUAAAGCGAAGCCUUUCAUUGAGCAGUAACAACUCAAGCAGUUCACUUUCUGGUAGCGAAACUUCACCGAAUAGCUCGCCCCUAUCGCAAGAUAUUAUACUAAAUUCAGAGCCGGCAGCAGCAUUGGGUGCUGGCCUGCCAAUGCAACAGUUGGCAGCGGUACCAACUGCGACUGCUGUGGCGAAUGCCAACGGUGCUCUGUCUACUGACAUCAUCAUGAACCCGGCAGUCUCGCCAUCGACGAUACUCUGUUCGGCGAAUGGUGCCGCCACUGCAGUGGUGCCAAACAUAUUAGCACCACAUCAGGUCACAAUGGCCAAUUCCAUACUGAACGAUAUUGCAAUGCAGGCGGAGCCCACACAGCAGGAUGCCGCUGUUGCGGCACUGGCUCUAAGCAACAUUAUGAUGAGUCCACCAAAUGCUGCUGCUGGUGUUGGCGUUGAGGUAGAUGUCGGUGAUACCCUUCCACCGACACCAGCUGUCAUGCAGCCGGAGGUAGCCGCUACUGCCACCUCCACGGCGGUCAGCAACAUGAUUAUUAAGGCUGCUGCUGAUUUCAUAACCACACAAGAGCAGGAACAGCAUCAUUAUCAUCAACAGCAACACCAGCAACACCAGCAACAACAACAGCAGACAGUCGCUAAUCCAGCAACAAGUGGCGGUGAUCCACUUGUCAAUCUGCUGUUAAACCACUCGACGACACCCGAAACGGUGGCUGCAGAGGCUGCAGCUGUUGCUGUUGCCGCCGCCGGUGUCUUUCCAUCGCUGUCCACUGUCCAUUUGCCAAAUGUUGUGCCGCCCGCACCACAAGAAUCUCUAAUUGUAGCACUCGCCUCUGAAAAUGCUUUGCAAAAGUCUGUGGCUACCGCUGCCGUUACCACCAAUGGAGCUGUAAUGACUCAACAGGCAUCCGCACCCAGUACCGCUGGCAGCAUAGUGCCAGCAGCCGUUGGAGCCGUAGCUGCUGCCGCUGCCGUUGCUGUGCAGCCACCUAUACCGCAGGAACUGACCACAAUGUCCGAUCAGGAUCUAAUCAGUUAUAUCAACCCGAGCACCUUCGAUCAGCUUUAAACCGCAACAGAUCAACAAAUUUAUCUAUUGGAUUAUUUCAUCAACUAAAGGAAAACCACACAGGCCUAAUCCUAAGCAUAGAAUUAGACACUUACACAUACACCACCACAAAAA